GUUCCCACCUCCGACCGUUCCGUUCGCGUAUACUCUUGUUGUUGUCUUGAAUAUCGCCUCCUCUCCUUCUCCCAUCUGCGCUUUCCCUUCCCCUUCACCGCAGCCAUGGCCGUCGAGCCCCUGCUCGCCACCCGCGCCCAGCGCGGGUUCAUCCUCACAGUGACAAUCCAGGCCAUCGCUGUUCUCGUCAUGGUUGCCAUUACGUUCAGACUGGUCGACGAGGAAGUUAGCUUCCAUCUAGGCUACAAGACCCUAUCGUGCUACCUCGCCCUGUUCGCGCUCGCCGAGAUCUUCGAGCUAUUCAUGUGCUACGACGCUCUCCGAUUGCGAAAUGUCAUCCAGCUCGUCGGCAUCUUACUAUUCCACCUCGCACUCAUGGUGAUGGCGGCUCUGCAAGUCCACCAGACGCGAACAGCGCUCGUCACGAUGUCUGCCGCUGACUGCGCUAGCAACUUCGACGAAGUGAGAUGUGCAGGGCCUGGUACGCUAUGGAAUAGGGUAGAGCCCUACCUUAUCGUGGCACCUUGUCUCAUCGGAGCGUCUCUACUCGUCAUGAUCUUCUGGAUGAAGCACCUCUACGCGGAAUUCGGCUGGGCCGUCUUCCAUAUCGUUGGCGCGAACCCGAAGAUGAAGGAGAUGUACCGCUGGUACCAAAUCAUGAUCUGCCUUCUGAAGUUCGACUUUUUCUUCUUCAUCGGUGUCACGAUGCAGCUCCUCAUCGUCGUCCUGAACAAAAGUUCAGCAGAGUUUGGGAUCACCAUCGCUGCCAUUCCAGUCGUCCUCGUGCUCCUCGUAUUCUGUGGCAUCGCCGUACAACGAGAGAUCAAGUGGAUCAUGGCCAUCUCACAAGUGCUGAUGUUGGCCGCUAUGAGUUAUUGUGAGUUUAUCCUAUAUAAGCUCGUCCGUUUCUACCAGCCAGGCUCACGAGAGGAGUACGCCACCACGCGUGCAACUCUCACAACCUUCACGAUCGUCGCCUUCAUCAUCCUCUUCCUGACGUUCGCUGUCGGCCUGCGCUGCUUCUCCGACUUCGAUCGCGGCCUCCAGCCGUCCAAAGUCAACGGUGGGUCCUCGUACACGCCCGUGGCGACCAAACUGGAGUACUUUGGCAGCGGUAAUAUGUCGCAACGGCAGUCGUCGUAUAUGGGCGGCGCGCCUGUGGGGUCGAGGAUAUCCAUCGAGUAAGGUGGUCGGUGCUUGGCUCGGGCGUGUGUGCUCGACUCGAGAGUCGGGCGCAUCACUCGAACGAAGCGCAAUCCAAGUGGGAACUUUGGUAGCAAGGGAGGAGGGAGGCGACGCGCCUAUGGACUCAGGACCUUCGGAGCUACAUCUUCAUCUAAUUCGGCCAAUUAUCUAUCUACUUACCGUGGCUCGGAGUAUGCUACUGCUUCUCUCUGGGUUUACUUUGCUUGCUUACGAUCUGCGACGAUUUUGUACAGUGCUAAGCUGCGCCUCCGUUUAGUUGUAGAGUACCUUGUAGUGAUUAUUUAUUCGACGGUCCUGCGCGCUCGAUGGACUGGAAGUGGUC